CUCCUAUUUCAGGGUACUUUCAGUUCCGUUUGGAUACCCGAUCACAGAACGAGGCGGUUUUCUUCCCCCCUCUUCUCUAUUUUUGUCUUACUCUCUCUCUUUCUCUUUCUUGCUCACUUUUUCACUCGCCCACUCUUACACCUUCUCACCCUCUUUCUCUUUCCUUUUCUCUCCCGCUUCUCUCUCUCUCUCUCUCUCUCUCUCUCUCUCUCUCUUUCCCCCUCACAAUCACUUUCCAUCUCUCUCGUUCCUCCUCUCCUCUCUCCAUCCUUCUCUUCCUUCCUCUUCGAUCUCACUCCCUCACUCUAUCUAUCUAGCUGUUGCCCCCUUGACUCUAUCCGCGCACACGCCUCGCUUCUGUCCGCUUCACCUUUUUCUCGGCCGCUGUCUCAGUCUACCGCGAGUCGCCUACGUCUGCUUGUAGACCUCGUAACGUGGCCGCGUGUGAUAGUGUAUCAACGAUCGUAGUUCCGUUCGCUUGAACUCGUCGUCCGGUCACCGAGCCAACGCGCACACCGGCUUGACUUUGCCCCGCCGGUGCGUGAGAUGUCCGUUCCUCGUACCACCUUGUGAGAAUGCGUUCAGCAAUCAAGUGAUCGCGAGUAUCGACGAGCUCGUCGUCGUCGUCGAGUGACGAGUGGUGACAGAGCUAAUCUGCGCGAGCCCCAGGAAUACGCACGGUAUUCGUAGAAACGCGAACGAUGACGAGGCGGUGUCAGCGUGGAUUCGAGGUAUAGUGGAGAUCUCGAGGAGAAGAUCCGAAUGGAGGAUGCCAGUUUCGGAUGAAGGCGGUGAGCAACGAUAAAGCAGCAUGAUUUUGUACGAGAAUCUGGAAGCUGGCGGACGCGUAACGAACGAGAAAAGGGAAACGAAGUGCGGUGAGAACAUUUGAUGUAAGAGCAGCGAGGGUGUAUAAGUGGGAGCAGCACGCUUGGCCAAGUUGCCUGGAUACGGGCAGCAGCACCGUGUUGCGCUCCGGUGAAGUAGGAGGAAGCGAAGGAGGUGGAAGGUGGUGCUAAUACGCGAAAGGAUGGAGGGUGCAGUGGACAGUAGUGGGACGAAGAAGACGAUGCACGAGGCCGAACAGGCUACGAACGCAGGCUCGUGCCGCGUCCAAGAAUCGCGAUAGCAUAGCUGCCUUCUUCGGAUACGAUUGCGUAUGGUAAUCGUGGCGACAGAAACGUUGCUCAUUCACCCAACAACGCGCCCGGCUCUCUGCACUCGAGAUCCGGCAUCGAGCACGAAAGCUCGAAACCUCUACGAAGCCUCGAUUGACAGGAAUGACCGAUACCUUUCGGCUCGAACUGAUCAACUUCUUUAACUUCUUUCAUGAUUCUUUCUCGAUUCUCGCUCCAGUGAAUUCCCGAUGAGAAAAAUUUAAAAAUUAGAUUAGAGAACAAGAAGUAGUAAGAGUGUGUCGACGAGAAACGAGAAGUGUGUUCGUAUAAUAUAUCCCGUUCUUAUAAUCAUACUUCCUUAAAGGAAGAGUGUGAUAGUGAAAUAUCGAAUUCGUGAUCGAAUAACGAGAAAGGAGGCAUUCGUAUCGAAUAUAUAUACGCCGGUUGUCACGAACACCUGUGAAUUGAGCACGGCUCGAAAACACUUAUGGAAUUCUUUUUACAUACACGGAUGUAACGGGCCUCUUUCCUCGAACAACGCGUUCGUUCGAUGCGUGCCUGAUACUACGCGAAGAGCUAAUACCGUUGCCGUGUAAUUGAUAAAUGAUACCAAGUGGCAGAAGCCGAUCGCAAUUGUAGGUGUAUAACGCGAGCAUGCUCGACGCGUGGCGAGGUUCGACGCGGACCUAGAACUGCGGUGACGAUAGGAAGAGGCAGAGCAACGGCAGUAACGACAACCAUCAGAAGGUUGGCGGGUCGUGUAUACGUGAAAAGUGGGAAGGUAACGAUUGGUUAUGACGGCAAAGUCGGGCGGCAUCUAUCCGGGUGCAUCGUUGUGACGAUUAGACAAACUCGCGCGACUCGACCGGUUUCUCGACACGAUGAUCAGAAUCAGUGUAACAGUUCGCGACGAAGAGUUCCCGGGCGACGUUCGAGACGGUGAUCGCAGCUCGUAGAGAAGUGACACGCGAUAUAUAUAUAUAUAGAUAUAUAUAGAUAUAGAUAUAUAUAUAUAUAUAUGUAUAUAUUAUAUAGUGUGUAGUGCGCGCACGAGUGGAGAAGGGACGUACAAGGGGGUGGUGGAACACGAAAGGAGUGGAGCAUUCGGUGAAUUCCGGGUGGCCGACCCUUGCGAAUAGAGGAGAGAUGUCGAGCUGGCCGAGUCUGCAAAAUUCAUUCGCCAUGGCGAACCAGACGAGAGGUCUGCCACAGAUGCGAAUAAAGCUUUGUAUGGUCAGCGCCGGUCUUCAAAUAGUCCUUUUGCUCACCGUCCUACCUCAAGAAAGCCUGUGCGGACGUCACGAGAAACGUUUGUUGAACGAGCUGUUGUCGUCAUACAACACUCUGGAGCGGCCCGUCGCCAAUGAGAGCGAGCCUCUCGAAGUGAAAUUUGGCAUCACGCUACAGCAGAUCAUAGAUGUGGAUGAGAAGAAUCAAAUAUUAACUACGAACGCGUGGCUCAAGUUGGAAUGGGUGGACUACAACCUCCAAUGGAACGAGUCCGAGUAUGGAGGUGUAAAGGACCUUCGAAUUACACCAAACAAGCUCUGGAAGCCAGACAUUCUCAUGUACAACAGUGCGGAUGAGGGUUUCGACGGGACAUACCAAACAAACGUGGUAGUCACGCAUAACGGCAGUUGCCUGUACGUUCCUCCGGGCAUCUUCAAGAGCACUUGCAAGAUAGACAUCACUUGGUUCCCCUUUGACGACCAACACUGUGACAUGAAGUUCGGAUCCUGGACCUACGACGGCAACCAGGUCGACCUCGUGCUCAGCUCGGAGACGGGCGGUGACCUGUCCGACUUUAUCACGAAUGGAGAAUGGUACCUGAUCGGAAUGCCGGGCAAGAAGAACACGAUAACGUACCAAUGCUGUCCGGAGCCUUACGUCGACGUCACAUUCACCAUACAGAUCCGUAGAAGGACCCUCUACUAUUUUUUCAACCUGAUCGUGCCGUGCGUGCUGAUAUCGAGCAUGGCCCUCCUGGGGUUCACCCUUCCGCCAGAUUCCGGGGAGAAGCUCACCUUAGGGUCGUACUUCAAUUGCAUCAUGUUCAUGGUGGCGAGCAGCGUCGUUCUGACAGUGUUGGUGCUGAAUUUUCAUCACAGAACGCCCGACAGAUACGUGAUGCCAUCGUGGAUUAAAAUGCUGUUUUUACAAUGGUUGCCGUGUUUGCUGCGCAUGAGUCGUCCAGGAAAGAAGAUCACGAAGAAAACCAUUCUUGGAGGCAACAGAAGGGCAAAGGGCAUGGAAUUGCAGGAGAAGAGUAGCAAGAGUUUGCUAGCAAAUGUAUUAGAUAUCGACGACGACAUUCGUCACAAGAAUAGUGCGGCAAAUCCUCCUUCCGGUUAUAUAAGGUCGGCGUUCGGUACACCGAUAUCUACCGGAAGACCAGCAACAGUCGAAGAUACGUCCGCAUCGUUACCUCUUAGCGGGAUGCAGGAGGAAUUGCACACGAUUCUUAAGGAAUUACGAUUCAUUACGGAUCGUAUGAAAAAGGCGGAUGAAAGCGACGAGAUCAUUAGCGACUGGAAAUUCGCCGCUAUGGUGGUGGACAGGCUUUGCUUGAUCGUUUUCACGUUGUUCACGGUUUUGGCCACGAUAGUGAUAUUGUGUCGUGCGCCACACAUAAUCGUCCAAUAAAUAGACUGCCCCGGUCAAGUCACCGAAAAAAUGCACAAAAAUUGCCAAAGAAACGACGAUACGUGGGUUUCGAGGAGGCUGCCACGGAAAAGCGAUCAAGUAACGAGAGAGCACGAAAAAAGCUGCUCGUUGCUUCGUGCUUCCUUUCUUCUCGCUCUCUCCCUCUCUCUCUCUUUCUCUCUCUAUCUCUCUAUCUCUCUUUCUUUUUCUCUCUUUCUCUCUCUCUGUCUCUCUUUCUCUCUGUUUCUCCCGUUUUCUUCCCCCGAAAAAAAGAAGAAAACUCUGGAAUGGAGUGAUUGCACGCGAAGAAAUACUACGUGUGAGACGUGCUUCCAGUUUCGUCGAAAGGAAGGAGGAAGAGGCGAAGGAAGAAAGGGGAGGAACAAGCAAGAGUGAAGAGGCCGGAAGAGGAGGCGGAAGAGGUCGAAGAGGUCGUCGUUCGUUCGGUUCUUGCUGACCGACCAAAAUUUUUCAAACGCUUCGAACACACACGUUUAAAAACGAGAAAGCGCCCCUCGCGUGGAAGAACCGAACCAGAAGAACCGGAAGACUUGGCAGGAAGCGAUUAGAAAAGGGACUUAGAGGAGGACAAAGAAAGCGCCUCGACACAUUAUACAUUAUUGACAAUACACGGCCACGUUGUGCGUUCAUUUUCUUCGGCUAAAAAUCCUUUCUCUCCUCGUUUAAAACUUAAUCGAGCGCAGUCGCUAUCUUUCUCUCUCUCUCUCUCUCUCUCUAUCUAUCUAUCUAUCUAUCUAUCCAUCUUCUAUUUAUCUAUCUAUCUGGUAUCAAACUUUCCGCGGAUGGAGGUGAUCGACGCUCGAUGUCGUACGACGAUCUUAUAAUUUUAAAUUAUGCAAGAAGAGCGCGUCCUCGUCUCUCGAGCGAGGAGGAGCAUCGAUUCGUUCGAGGCUAUUAGGGGGAAUUCGAGAAAGCUGUGUGCUUGUGUGCGCAUUCCUCGAGAGAGUGUUGUCGCGGCCUUUCAGUAACAAUAGUUAACAGACACGAACGAUAGAAGGGAGAAGAAGGACAACAAUAAUAGUAAUAAUGAUAAUAACAAUAAUAAUAAUGAUAAUGGUAACGAUAAUAAUCGUAAUGACUAAUGAUAUAAAUAAUAUUAAUAGUAAAUUUAAUUAAUAAUAAUAAUAAUAGUAAUAAUAAUAAUAAUAAUAAUAAUAAUAAUAAUAAUAAUAAUAAUGAUUGAAUAAUGCUAAUGAUGAUAAUAUUGUUAAUAAUAUUACAUAUGUUAAUAACAAAUGAAUAAUAAUAAUAAUGAUGAUAAUUAUAAUCGCUUUGUGUGCGGGCGUAAUUGUGUACGAUCGAAUCGAGAACAUUAUCGCACCACUAAGUCUCUCGUGGAACUGAUACGGUCUUUAUAUAACUGCCAAAUAAAAAAAAAAAAACCAAGAAAAAACUCGAGACAGGGGUGUCCAACCUUUUCACAGUUAGAUACGUAAGCUGCAAUUCGAGUAGGAUUCGACGAACUAUAAAUACACAAUGUGCACAAUGUAUAAGAAAGCAAAAAAAAAAAAAAAAAAAAAAAAAAAAAUCAAACAAAGUUCUCUCGAUCACGUUUAAUAUCCAUGAUUAAUUUGAUAAUGUUUCUUUUAAUGGAGAAAUAAAGUUUGCCUUUUAGGAUAAUAAGGACGAUCGAAUAGAAUAAUAUUCGGUGGGGUUUGAGAUGAGAGAUGUACAGAAGACAAAACUGCCAAGUUGGACAACCCCUGCUUUCCGUACAGACACGAAUCCGAAUUCUUGAAAGAUCUUCGAUAUGUCCGCAACGAAGAGUUCCGUUGAGCUGCGAAUAAGAUUUGAAGUAUCGUAAUUGAUCAUCAAUCACGUGAUUAUCCUGCUUGCAACUUGCGUUCUUCGACCACAUAGAAGUUCUCAAUGACUGUACUCUGAUCGCGAGAAAAUUUUUUCUUUAUAAUUCUUCUUAGAAUUGUUUUCUUUUGUCAUUAAUUAAUAUUAUCGAGUUAUUAUCGUAUUGUAUUCAUAUCGAAAGAUAUCGAAAGAUAUCUUUGAUUUGAUAUUUGAUAAAAAAAAAUUGAAAGAAAGAAUAAACGAUAAAGAGAUUGAAAAAUUUUUCAUUUGAUUAGAAUUGAUAUAAACACUCUUAUGCAAUUGAUUAAUAAGAAAAAUAAAAUAGAUUGAUUUAGAAGCAAUUUGUCUUUUAUAGAUGGAUAGAUAACUGGGUAAUAUAAAAAAUAUUACUUGAAAACGAACUGGUUUAAAAAUCUUUAUUCUUUAUUAAUUGUAAUUCAUAUCGAAUUAAAUUCAUAUCGUGGAUAAAACGAGGGAUGAUAAUGCUAUAAUUUUCAAUACAAAGAUUAAAUACAUAAUAAAAUUUGUGGAAAAUUCCAUUUUUAUAAUUUUAAAGGCACGAUAUAUUAUAUAUUUUUUGCACAUUUAAUUUUCAGAUAUUUAAUUACGAAAUCAAUAAAUCAAUAAAUCACGAUAAAAUUUUGCAAUUUCCGUUCGAAUUAAAUCAUAUCUAUUUAAAAUGAUGAUAGAUGAUCUAAAAAAGUAUUAUAUGAUUAAUACUAACGUUGUGAUAAUUUAUCUUUGCGUUUUUAAAUAUUUAUUUAUAAUUGGAAAUGAUUAAAAUAUAAAUUAACAUUCUUCAUUAAAUUAAUAUUUCACUUUUUUUAAUUGUAUAUUCGUUUCAUUUCGAUUAAUCAAUUAAACAUAAAAUAAAUCGAUGAAAAUAAAUUAUAAAUGUCGAUAUAAAAAAUCGAAUUUAUGAAGCAAUUAUUUGCCUCAUGUCCGAAACAGUUUUACGCAAUUAGUUACGGUUUCAUCUCCAAAAUUACAAUAGCAUUAAUUGCUCGAAUUAACUCUCGCAAUUAUGGCUACCAAAAAGGAAUAAUAAAACCUUUAACUGCAUAAUUUGACUUUAAUAAAGACAUGCAUAUAUAGUGAUGUUAUUUCAUAAAUAAAAGAUUAAUUGCUUUUUAAUUAGCUUAAUAACUUGUAGCAUAAAAAUUUCUUCCAAAUUUAAAUCUUGAAAUUUAAAUUGCUUUUGAUUAUAAAAUAUUUUAAAAUGAAUGAGAACUAAAUAAAAAAAAAAAACAGUAGAUAUAAAUUGAAUUAUGAUCCAUGUUUAACAUUUUUUAAUUCAAACAGGAGUUAAAUAAAUAUUUAAUAUUUCAAAAAUUAUAAAUUUAUAAUUAAUAUUUAGCAUUAUCACAAAUUAGAAAUCUCAAAUUGUACAAUUUAAUUUAACGAAUUACAAACACAUCACGAACGAAACAAGAUAUAAACCGGAAGUUGGAGGUCCCUCUGUAGCUCGGGACAAUUGAAUUGCGUGCGUGUCUACAUUUGAUGGUCUGGUGCGUAAUCACACUGAAAGCAUUCCGAAAUGAAAUUUAACGUCGCGACGUCCACUUCUAUGCGCGAAUUCUUCGUUGAAUGGCGUAAACUUCAGUUUAAUGCAAUAGGUGUAUUUCACACUGUAUCAUCAAUUACAAAGACCAAACCACGACAGUGUUAAAUCCAUUUAAAUACGUUCCAUAUUGUGAAACGAAUAAGUAUUAUUCAUUAACAGCAAUAAAAUAUUAAAUUCAAAUGAAAAGUUAUAUCGAAAAUAUAAUAUUUUAUUAAAUGAUAAUAGAUAAUGAUGAUAAUGAUGAUAAUUAAAAGUGUUUAUACAAAAUACAAACAUUUUUAUGAACAUGAAUAAAGAAAAUGGAGUUUAAAUAAAGAUUUGUCUUAUUCUUCAAAUAUCAUAAUGCGUUAUAUUUUGUAUUUUUUGUAUUUUUUUUUCAUACAAUGUGCAUUUUGUAGAUUUCUAUAUUUGAUUCAAAUUUUUUAUAAAUGUAUAAAUACAUCCAUAACUUAAUUAUUAUAAUAACAAUAAUAAAGUUAUUUAUAAUAAAUUGGUUUUAUUGAAGCACAAGCGAAAAAUGUUUUCUAAAGGAAAAGAAUUUAAAAUGACAAAAAGAUUACAAAAAAAGAAGCUAUCUUUCAAUAUCAAAUAUUUCAAAUAAUUAUUUCAAUUGUUAAAAAACAGAGUGUUAUAGCUUUUAAUUUUUUUUAUAUCAAUUUAACAUCUUGAUAUUUUCCCUUGUACGAAUAUAUUCUAAAAUUUGAUCCAAUGUUUAAAUAAAUUUCAUGAAACUUUUGAAAUUUUUAUUAUUAAUCUAUCUAUAAUACACAAUAUGGAACGUGUUAAUCAUUUUCUGUUCGAUUAAAUUUUCGAAUCGAUAUAAAUUACAGGAAUUGAUUCUUUUUAAAUUUUUCUCUUUUUGUAUAUAAAUAUUUAAAGCAGAAUUAAAACAAAAAAAUAGACGAUCGAUAAUAUCUCGAUGAUAUUUGUAUCAUGGUCACCAUUUUCGUAUAUUUAAUACAUCUACAUAAUAAAAUAUAAUACGGGUAUGUUUAAUGUUCUAACGAGCUUCGCAUCUGUAUGAAAACAAAUCGAAUUAAUCGCGUUAAUCCCUUUUUACUCUACUGAAUACAUUUCAUCGUAAAUUAUUGAAAUAGAAGAAAUUGAUUAAAUAAUAUAACAAAAUUGAUCAUAAGAAACGUUAUAUAUAAAAUUUAUUCUAAUUUUCUUUUUUCAAAUAGAAUAUAAAUGCUUCAGCGUGGCGUAGACGGAUCGAAAAAAAGAAUUAAGAAGAGACAUGGCAGUUGCACUCCUCGUAUCGUACAACGAAUAUAAAAUUAAAAAUAUACACGUGAAACAUACGCGAGAAAUAAUAAUCGUAUAAAUACAGGAUCGUUUUUCGCAACUGCAUCGGUUAUGUUAAAUUAUGGGAUAAUUAUGGAAAUGAAAAAUCUAGGCGAGAGAAAAUUAGAAAAAAAAAGAAAAAAAAAACGGAACAAUUCAGCAGUACAGUCAUUGAUCUUCGUAUCGCACAAAUGAAUCUUACGAAACAAUAAAUCUUUUACUUAAAACUGUGAAAAUCCUUUCUAUUUUUCCAGUAGAGAAAACUGUACGGAAUGAGAGUGUAAUCGAUCAAUCGUUGAAACGCGAAGUGAAAUGAAUAACAUAAUAAUAAUGAAUAAACUUCGAGGUGUUCUGAUUAAAAUACUCAAAUAAAUUCUGUAUAUAGAAACAUGUUUGCAUGGCGUGGGGACUCAAUACAUCAUAGCGACGUAAAUAGGCGUCACGAACAGUGUUAGUAACUUGUAAGUAUAAGGAUAAAAUUAUAAAUAAGAAUUUAAAUAGAAUUUUAUUAUAACGAUAUCUAAUUUAAGAAGAGGAAAUAUGAAGCAAGGGAAACAAAAGAACUUCCAAACAAAUACAGUGUCACGUUAAAAAUUUUUCUCGCGAUAAAUUUAAUAAAAAUCGUUGGCAAUCUUUAUUUUAAAAAAAGAAUCACGCUCGAAAAAUCGUCGAUUCCUGAUUCGAUCGUUAUAAGAAAAAAAAAGACAAAAAAAAAAAAAAGGAAAGAUGUAUCGCCACACAUAAAUAUUUUCCAGAAUUUUUUCUCAAAUUUCUUUCUAUUUAAGCUGCUCGUACAUCACCGACAAUCAUUUCACAUAAAAUAAUAUUUCGAUAUGAAGAAAAUCGUGAUAAAAGAAAUUGUGAUAAUUCUUUUUUUUUUUUUAUCAAUUUUCUUUCCUUCUUAAGAAUAAGAACGUUUCGUUUCAAAACGAUGUAUGGCGAUAGAUCGAAAGACAAAUUUCUAGAACAACGAAAUACGUAAUUGAACAUUUAAUAAAAGAGAGCAACCACAAAUCUAAUCGAACGGGGAGAAAAUUUGGACGACGAUUUCGCUUAUUCGAGGAAAAAGUUUCGAUCGAUGAACCGUGCUCCGACCUAGCGUAAUUUUCUAAUUCGCAGUUUCGUUUGCUCCGAACGCGUAUGUAUAUGGGAAUAACUGCGGUUAUCGUUCUUCAUUCGAAAUUGGCAGCGAUUGACCGACAAUUUACCGAUUGGAUCGAUGCUCGGAAAGUUUUAGAAUUAAAUUUCGGUCGGAACAUCAAUAAAAUGGAACCGGAUCUAUGCUAUGGUCGUAAAUAAUAUAAACGAAAAUAUUGAAAUGGGGAAAAAAAAAAACAAGGAAAAAAAAUCGACGUUGAGAAAAAGACACCGUCAUUAAAUCUAAUGAAUAGUUUAUUCUUAACAAUAUGAAAUGCAAAGAUUUUAUAUUAAAGAGAAUAGAGGGUGCAUUUUUUAAUAUGAAUGCUCAUUAAGUCAGCCUAGCAAGUAUCAGCUAAGAAAUUUUACACGAUAUUUAUAUAUUAUUUAAGAGAACGAGGAGAUUAGAUUUCGUUUUCCAAGAAUAAAAUGGUCGCGCGUGUAUUGAGCUAGUGAAAAAUGAGCUAGAGAAACUAAAUGGAGUCCUUGUAACGAGAAUAACGAGUCCAAAGUUCAAUUUAUGAUAAUCGUUUCGUUGGUGUUUGAAAAUGUUAUAAUGUUUUUUUUUUUUUCUUUUUGCCGGAAAAAUCGUCAUCGUUGAUAUCGUGAUUGCAACUAUUAUUACUAUUAUUACCACUACUCUCUUAUCUACGAUAUUAUCAAAAGCUAAUGCUGCGGAAAGUUAUUAUUAUUGUUAUUAUUAUUGUUGUUAUUAUUUUAUUAUCAUUCUUCUUAUCAUCAUCACAAUCAUUAUUAUUAUUAUUAUCAUCGUCGCUAUUAACGAUACCGAUAUCGCCAUCAUCGUUACUGUUAAAUAUGGCAAUCAGAAUUGUUACUACUAUCGCCAAUAAUUAUCGCCGUUACACAACAAAAAAAAAAAAAAAGGAAACAUGAUUAUACGUAGGUAUAGGUGAAAUAAAAAAACGACAAAAUGGCAACGCAAGCUUUUUCGUUUUGUUUUCUGCCGAUUAAACAUCGCGAUUUUAUCUCGCGAUAAGCGUCAAAUCAGUUAUACAAAUCAAUAUCAAAAAAGAAAAAAAAAAAAAGAAGAAAAGAUAUUUCGAAAAAUUCGAAAAAUUAUCAUACGUUUAAUUAGGCAUCGUGCGUUUAAACAUUAGGCAGAUAAAGAAAAUCAAAUAAAGAAAAAAGAACACUGUAUAUUCGAAUAAAAUAUGCGUUUUGCGUUCCUGACGAAUACUUUGCUCUUUGCGCUGAAGAAAAGAAUGUUUCCACAUUCGUGGAACGAGUAAAAUUUUUUCGAAAAAUUUUCAAUUUUUGAUCGCAUACUCGAACAAUUUUUCACGUUUCGUCGAUCAUUGUAUAUGCUCAGUUGAAGAACGUAUCAUGUAUGUAUCAUAUACGUUAUCACGUAAAAAGAAGAGCAAAGUUUCUCUAUCGUAUAUCUCUGCAAUGCAAAAAGAGGCAGAGGAUACGUUUGCAAAUGACAAUGGACAAAAAACGCGCAAUUUUUCUCGAGUCUCUUUCCGAUAGGACGGCUAGAUUUCUUGUCUGUGCUUCGAAGAUAAAAAAAAAAAAGAAAAAAAAAAAGGGAACGCGAACGAAUGUCGGUUCGUUUGAUCGAGCCACGAUCUCACUCGAGGUCCGAUCGAUCCGAAGUGUGUAUCGUGUAAAUAACUUCUGUGAUAAGAAUUGAUUAUUAAUCAUUGCCGAACGCGAAACCCCUUGAGAUUAAUGUUUCCGCCGCGAGUGACGCCAUCUGAUAAAUCGACGAACACAAAAGCUACUCUCCGUGCCGUCAUUUUUUAAUAUUCAUACUCAUCAUUCCCGUUGACAUUUAUCUCUGCUUGUCGAAAAUCACGCACAUAUUUAGAUAUGUAAGAGAAUAUUCGCGGCCAUCAGGCCAACCACUUUAUUCUCGUGUAAAUAAUUCGUGGAUCGAAUUAUCGAAACGAAAAUCGUCGAACGAGCAAGUUAUUUUUUUACGAUUUCUUUCGCGGUGAUUAAAUCGAAUCACAGAUCAGUGACCACCAUAUCCGCCAUUCGCUGCGUUUCCGCAUCGAAAAUCACGCGCGCACUGGUCAUCACGAUCGAUCGAUUAUCAAUUUUUAAUAAAAAGAAAAGUCAAUCGAUUUGAACAAAAAAUAUAGCUCGCCGAUAAAACAACUUCAAUCAACACAGAUUGGUUGGGUCAGGUUGAUUAUAUUCCGAUUCAUAAGCCUGCCAAUGUUUUUUCGAGUCCUUUUAUUUCGAUGCUCGAUUCUCGUUCGCUGGUUACAUAAAUUUUUGAACGUAUAUAUAAGGCACAUUCGAUCCUCCGUGAUUCCGAAUAUAUCGAAUCAUUUGACCGAGAAAACACGACGCGAAAUGACGCUGUUUAAUCCGAUUUACCCAUAAUUCGGCUAUGGUUAAUGAAUAGAUUCGAACGUCUGACCAAUGCGCGCCAAUAAGUUGUAUUUCCAGUCGGCUGGCCGGCUGGCCAAAAUCAUCCACUGUACAUUUUAUACCCUCCUAUGGGAAGCAAAUGCUUUCUAUGCGCGCUCUUUUUCCUUGCUGCUUUCCAUGCAAUUUUUCUACGGCGUGUGUGUAUAUUUAAGAUAAUUCGGUUUGUUUUGGAGAUGUCGAAGAUUGAGAAAAAAACAGAGGCAAUUAGAAUAUAGAAGGAAUUUAGAAUUUUAAAUUAAUUUUAAAUUAUUCGUUCUUAAUAUACUUAUCGAAAGUCUUGAUUUAAAAAGAGAUUGUAAUUUGAGGAUGAAAUUAAGAAAUUGACAAUUUAAGGAAAGAAUUCCAAGCACGGAUAAAAAAUCGUGAUCAUAACAAUUUCGAAUGGACUACUUAACAUCGGGAUAUUUAAUUUUAAUUUUGUGUUUUUCUAAAUAAUUGAACUAAAAUUCUUGCAGUCUUUCGUUGUCCAAUAAUAUCAAACGAAAAUUAAUAUACAAAAUUUCAUAUUACUUUCAAUUUAAAACUAUAUGUAUAUGAAAAACUUCAUCCAAAGCUUAAAAAGUGAUUUAAACUUUGAACUGGAGUAUGCAUCUUUUAUGUCCAUAAAAAGUUAAGGUAACAUGAAAAUAAAUCUGCAUCUUUUAUCGUUCAAUAUUUUUAUAAAGUUUCUUGGUUUCAACGAGUCAUUAAAGAUUCGAACCAAUCAACUUUUUUAAAACGUACUUCAUUAUUCUUACAAAAUUUUUCCAACUAAUCUCUGAAAUUAUAUUUAAACUUGUAAAUUAACAAGAAUUUUUUUUCUUUUUUUUAAUUCUCAGAUUUGUGUAAAAGGAGUAAUUUUCAAACAAACGAAAAGCAAAAUUCACAAUGGUUACAUGACAGAAUUUAACGUGUCUUCAUUCGUGGCUAAACGCUGUCAAUUACGAGGAGCUCUGCUUGAUGAACAGAGGAGCCUCAUAACGGAAAUGACGAGGCUUAACGUGGAAAUUGCCAAUCGUCGUCUAAUUUAUCGGGUUGCAGCCAAUUUCGACUUGAUAUCGAAGAUCCACAGCUCGAGAUUCGAUACUGCACGUGCUUGGAACGCUUUCGACAAUCCGGAAAUCUUUCAUUGUGGCUUCUAUUAGAGAUUUCGUGACUAAUAGGAGGAAAAGUAAAUGACGUGUAAUCAUAUUUGAUUUAUCAUGAUUUAUAUCAUUUAUUUCGAAAACGAAAAUUGCUCAAAAUUAAUCAAACCAAUAAUCAAAUCAAUAUUAAGGAACUUUUUGGAAAAAGAAAUGAGAAAAAAAUUAUAAAUUAUAAAAAAUAUUUUUGAAUAUAAUUUAAAAGUAGUUAAAGAAAGAAGUGAUUUAAUGAUUGUUGCAAUAAAAAUGUGUUAUGUGUUAGACACAUGAUGAUUAAUUAAUAAUGAUUUAUUGGGAAGAAAUUUGUAGAUUCUUUUUUUAGAAAGUUUCUCGAUUGUAUUAUAUGUUUAUACAAUUAAAUUAGGUGUAAGGUGUUAAAUUUCUUUCAAAAGCAUAAAUGAUGAUUUUAUUCACGAUUUUUAUAUUCUGAAACAUAUCAGAAAUUUUUAAAUUUCGUUUUCAAUAACAUAUCAUUUUAUAUAUUUUUCUAUAAUUUUUUCUAAUGAUAAGAUUCACUUCGAGAGUUAAUGUAGUUUUUAAAAUGAGAAAAAUACACGAAUGUUUAACUUUUUUAUAUAUUAUAUAUAUAUAUUAAAUUUCCGAAUAAUCAUUUAUUUUACAUUAAUUCAAAAAAUGUUAAACUUAAUAUUAACUAAGAGAUAUUUUCAAUUUUUUAAAAAAAUUGAAACAUAAUAAUAUUUCAUAGAACUUUGACAAAAUAUUGAAAUAUUUUUAUGAAAUACUUAUGAUAAAAAUUAUUGUAAAUAAUUAUAUAUAAUUUUUAUGUAUAUACUAUAUUUUUAAACAUAUAUGUCCACGAAUCAUUUUUUCAACUAUUUUCCAAUGAUAAAAAGACUCUCUAAAGAAUCUUAUUAUUAUGAUUAUAAUAUUUUUCAUAAUUAAUUUUCCUUUACAGCAAUGUUUUCAAUUAUCUCCAAUUUUUAAGAUAUCACUAACACGCUUCGAUCUCAGAUGGCGCCACGAUCGGCGAACAAGAGUCAGAGCGCGUGGUCGUAAAAGCACAUUGUUACAUGUUAAGCGAUUUCGUUUCAGGCGAAUGAAAUAAAAGAAAGAAAGAAAGAAAGAAGAGAAGUAAAAAAAAAAAAAGAGAGAGUUAUUGUAAAGCGCAUCGUAUUAAAUAACAACAUGCAUAUACAUACACGCAUACUAUGGAAUAUACAUAUACGUAUAAAUAUAGACGCGAGCGCGUAUGUAUAGAUACAUGUAUAUUCAUCAAGUAUAAAUAAUAUAAAUAGACAUGUGCUCUUAGGUUAUAACGUUAUAUAAAUAUGAAUUCUAUAAAUGACUUAUACAUAAUACAUACGCAUAUUCACACACAUGUACACACGUACCUACACUUAGCGAAAGUUAUACAUACAUAAGUUAUCACGGGAGGAUAACCGUGUUUAAGAGGGGAGAAAAAUCGUAAAAAAGAUAUUCGCCAUCUUGCGGAACGCUACGAACAUUCGUGGUGUUACUCGAAUUAUACAUAAUUAUUAAACAAAGGUUAAUAGCGCGAAGUGUUGAUAAGAAAAAUUGAAAAAAAAAAAAUAAAAAAGGAGAAAAAGAUUAAAAAUUGUAAUAACUUUAAGGGAAUUCAUUAUACAAUAUUAUAAUGAACUAAAUACAAAGGAAUUGAAUUAGGUUACACGGGCAACCAAGUAGUCUGUUCCCAUAUUCGUCUCUGUUCCUAUUCUCUCCAACGUACUCGACCCGGGUGUACGACGGAGAUGUUGAUUUUGUAUCGUUCUUCAUCGUUUCUCGAUUGCAAAAGAGAAUAUAAUAACCGCGAGAUAUAUUUAAUUAAAACGCGCGAACUUACUGUGAUCGGUGUUACCGUGACGUUGACCGCGUAUCCUCGGCCAUCGCGACUCGCUGGUAUCAUUUUUACCUUGCAGCCUGAAUCUAUUUCGAUCGCUCGAAAUCGUGAUUCGUCGCGUAGGCUGUUCGUUAAAAAUAAUCCAGCCAGUCCCCACCAGAACACAUUUGUUUACAUUUAUAUGAAUACUACCGUAUGUAUGUACAUUAUUAUUAUAUAAUAGGCGUACUACGGAAUGCGACGAAAUCGAAGGAACUCAGCCGCGCGAAAUUUAAACGAGAAGGAUCCGGAGAUAGUAGAAUUUGUACGACAUCUCUCUCUCUCUCUCUCUCUCUGCUCUCCCUUGCGUUUCGAUCAAUUUGUUGAGUUUCUGAAGAGAAAGAAGAGGGGAAACGUAGCUUGUUGUCGCAUGUGCUCGAGAUCGUCAUUUUUGAAUUGAAACGCGCGAAACAUUUUCAUACCACCCUCUCCCUCGUUUUUACGCUCGUAUCUCUUAUCCUGUUAACGAGCUACGUUCUUCCUCUUUCUUUUGGUAAAAAAUACAUUUGUAUGCUUGUGAGAGAAAGCGAACAUAUAUAUAUAUAUAUAUUAUAUAUGUGUGUGAAAAAAGAAGACCAAUGAGAGAGAGUGCUCGUUACCGUGAUCCGAUCUGAGUUCACCCGAUUUAUCGACACACCGAUCAUUGCAUGUCACUCGAAACGACGCACAAACGACGAUUAAUCGUUACGAUUCGAGAAUAUGUAUGAAGAAGAAGAAAAAAUACAUAGGAAGGAACGGGGGAAUUAUAAGCCGCAUCUAUCGACCAUUGUAUAUAUCUCUGUACGUAAAAGAGGAAGAGGAAGAAGAUACACACGUCGAGCAUAUGUAAUAUCAUGUACACACUUAUACACACGCGAGAAAAGGCCGCAAAUCGCGAAGCGAAAUCGAGUGAAAUGGUACGUCAAAUGGUAAAUUACUAAGUUGGAAAGCUAUGCCCUCCCUUUCGAUCACACCACGGAUCACCUCGAAACAUUUUUUCAUUUGCCAAUCGUUUGCGAUCGAGAUCUCGUCGUGCUGCGUCGUAUAAUAAAUAUUCGAUAAUCGUCAUUUCAAUUUCAUCACUCGAAAGAUUUCCCUUAAUUUUUGUACCGAUUUAGCCUGUUUCACGGUGAACAUGUAAACACAUGUGAUCAGAAUGGAGGCGCAGUUUUCACCGAUAAUUCGGUAUUUAUUAUUUGAAACGCUGUUCAACUCUCUCAUAAACUAGCCGUUGAAUCGAUCCAUAGGCGUUUAAACGUGGUUUUAGAUAUUAUUAUUAUUAUUACAAUUACCUAUUAAAGAAAUGUUGCUCGUUCAGGCAGCGUGCGAUCUGCACAAAAAAAGGGGGAGGGUGAAAUCCAAGGGGAUAUAUAAAUUUAAAAUAAAUAAAUAAAUAAAAUAUAAAAUAAAAUAUAAUAAUUAAGGGAUAAGGGAAAAAAAAUAAAUAAAGCCGCGCGGUAUGCUCAAAACGUAGAGGAAAGUUUUAUCUCUGUACAUGCGCUUAAGAGAAUCCUUACCUAGAGAAUAUUACGAUUAUUACGAUGUUUAAAAAAGAUAAAAAAAAAAAUGGAAGAAAAAAAAAUAUGAAGAAAAAAAAUAAAUAUGAUGAAUUAAAUAAAAGAUGUAAUGAAAUGCGACGAUUCGAUGCGAUGCGAACAAAUCACGACUCGUCAUGUUUUAGGAUUAAGUUAAUAUUAAACAAAAGAUAUUACUGGAGAGCUGGAUCGGGAUUUCGUUCAGGAAUCGUGUUCGCAUGGCACAAUAAUAUCCGUUUAUAAGUUGACGCGAAGAAUCGCAUGGCAAUGUAAAAUAAAGAAAUAAAUAUUGAAAAAACCAGUGUCAAAAUAAUUUAAUACUAAUGAUAAUAACUAAGGUAAUAUAUUAUACGAAAUUUUCUAUUCAAUACUUUUCUCCUCUUUGAUAUAUUUCUGUUAAACUUUCCAGUGAACGAUCGUUGAUCUAAAAUUUUCUAUCUUUGAAAAACUUUGAUAAUGUGUUUCGGGAUAAUUAUCAAAAAGUAAGAUUAUUUUUUCUUACAAAAAAUUAAGGUAAGCUCGAGAUAAGCUCGAAAUAAAACACUCGAAACAUUCGAUAAAUUUCUAAUCUCGAAAGAUAAAUAUAUCGAUUGAUGAAAUACUUUGUUCGUACGUAAAAGCGGCAAUUUUGAAUUCUCGAGCUCUCGAAGAUAUUUUGUGCUACGCGAAUCGAUGUUUGAAUGGAGGCGAAAAAAAGCAAAAAAGAAAAAAUAUAUAUAUAUAUAUCGGAAACGUCCUAUCAGCUCCGCUUUUUCCGCCCGAAUGGGACGAGGACGAACGACGACGGGACGUAAACGCAACAAAAGAAUGGAAAAAUCCGAAUACACUCAUUUCCACCAAUGCAAUGACGAUGGCAGUCAAUAUCGUUUCUGAGGAUAGCUCGUCAGAUAGUCGGAUAUCGACAGGCGUCCAUGGCUUUGUUCAAAUAUUGUUUCGAACGCGGAGCUGUAUGUAAAAUUUUAACGAUCAACCGGAAAAUGUGCGGACAAAGCCUAUAUGCAUACAGUUACGUUUGAUCGGGAGCUUGUUUCUGAAUAGUUUUGGAUUUUCGAAAUAUUAAUUUUGAAAGAGAGUGAUUUUGUGGAAGCAUUGGUAUACGUGUAUUUGUAAUUGUAAUGUCUAAAAUGUACGAACAAAUUUGUUAUUUGACAUUAAUAAAUGUGAUAACACGUAUCAAGUAGGAUAAGAAGAUAGAUAAAAUUUAAAAAAAAAAAAGAUUUGUUACAUGAGAUAGAUAAAGUUGAACUAUUGAAAAAUGAUUGUUAUAAUAUUUUUAUAUUAAAACGUUAAAAGCAUCAAUCGCACAAAUUAUAAGAUUUAAAUAUUAAAAGAUUACUUUUUUGAAUAUAUGAAAUUAUUUUUUUUUUAUGAAAUCGUAUUUUUUAAUAAUUCUUAAUAAUUUUUUUUUAACUGUUUAAAACAGUAAUUUUCUUUUUGAAUGAUUAUUUUGUUCGAAAUACAAUUAGUUUUCAUUAAUUUCAUUUUAAAAAAUAAUAACUUAAAAAAUAAUAAAAAUGAAACAGUUAAAUUCAUUAAAAUAAUUUUAAUAAUUAUUCUUUGAAAAUCAUUGGUAACGAAAAUAUAACGAAGUCACGUUAUUAUUUUAAUAAAGGGAUAUUUCUUUCUUUUAUCAUUGCCUUCAUUUAUUUAUUUAUUACAUAUAAAAAUAUAAUUAAUACUAGAAUCUCUACUGAUGAUCAUUUUCAUUCGUAAUUUUUUUAUUCAAUCAUUAAUAGCGAUAAUUAAUAUCAUAGUUAUAUAUUUAUAAAUUACGAAUACAUUGUAAAUGAAAGCUUCCAAGCUAUUUAAAAAAUUUAAAUUUAAUUAGAAAAUUGAAACGCUUUAGAAACAAGCUCAAUAAUUAUUUUAUACAUUUGCUAGUAAUAGUUAUUUUGUAAAAGUUUCUGCGUUCGUGUCAAGCUCAUAACUUGUGUCCACCUGUGUCUAUAUUAUGAACUGCCGCCAAAGGAAGUCGAGUCUCCUGAUAUUGCAUCGCCUAGAAUAUUAACACUUUCGUGACCGUUCUCUUACAGACGUAGAACUUGAUUAGAGGCAUUUUUCUCUUCUAAUUAAAAUGAAUGAAUAGUAUCCUUUAAUUCAUCAAUUUAACGAUUUAAUUACAAUAAUAAACAAAUACAAUGAUAGCAUUCAAAUUAUUCAAAUUUUCACUGUGUAAAAAUUUUUCUAUUUUUUUAUAUAAAAUUUAUUCAAAUUCAAUAUUAGAAUUACCACGUUAAAUUGACAAAUUGACUUUAAAUGCUUUUGACAAGAUUAAUAAUUUUAUUAAAAAAUUUUAACAAUCGAUCAUUUAUGUUAUACAACAUUAUACAUAUAUUAAUAACAUUACAUUAUGUUAAUAUUAUGUUAUAAUAAUAAUUAUAAUACAGAUAUAUUUUUAUAGUAAUACAAAUUGAUAGAUCUAAUUAAAAUUUUAAUAAUGAAACAUAAUUAAAUUACAUAAUGUUCAAUGUUCAAUAAGUUUAUAAUAAAUAAGAAAUUUAAUUCAAUAUAAAAUUUACUAUUUCUUCAAACGAGAAAAGAACAAAACUCAAGAACGGUCACGAAAGCGUGAAUGUCGCGUGUAAUUACUUUCGUUGUACAUAUUACAAAUUCAACGAAAAAGAAUAUAAUUCGUGUUUGUCGUUAUUGAAGAUUGUAUUCUAUAAUUGAAUUUUAUAACGAAAAAUCAAAGAAUAUAUUAUAUAUCUUCCUCUUUAGAAUUAUAUACCUAGAAACAUGACGAUAUGUAGCCAAAAAAACUAAGCGAAAGAAGAAGCAGAAUCGAAAAACAAAAAAAAAGAAAAGAAAUUCUGUUGUUUAUCGCUAAUUAAACAGCGAAUAAUCAUCAUGGUCGACUAUCUGGAAGCAUGAUUCCGGAAACCUGCCUCGGAUCAUUGAACGUACCGCGUCAUUUUUCGAAUGGUUUCACUAUCCAGAAGAAGUUCUGUAAAAGUGCGUGUAGCUUAUAUUAUAUUAUAUGAGAAAAAAAAAAUAUAUUAUAUAGAACGUGUCGUUCGACUGCGUUGCAAAGAACGAUCUUAUUUAUACUUUGUAUGUAGGACAUCCGGUGGAACGUGUGCCAUUAAAUUACAACCAAGUUUAUUGGAUUAUAUUCAUGCAUAAUCGAGCCUGGUGCAUUGCCUUUGAGCAUUCACUUUGAAGGACUAAUUGUAAUAUCGAUCGUCGCGAAUUAAUAAACUGCGUUGGGGGGAAAUAAUUCAAUAGUUUCCACCGGCGCCACAGCGCAUGCACAUUUAUUAAAAUGUAUCAAAUGGCGGGACGUUUCAUUCAUUCUGUCGCUCGUUUUUUAGGAGAGACGACAACACAUGACGUUUCGCAUUCCUCCGAAUCGUGUAGCGUGUAACGUUUUUCUACGAUUUUAUUUGACCGUGUUGCGUCGCAGACAUCCUUUGUAUAUGAGCUGAUUUUUCUGUACAUAUAACAAUAAACAAUAACAACAACAACAACAACAACAACAACAAUGAAUAACAACACGUGCGUCACACACAGUUGUGUUAAAUGAGAAGAAUAAAAUGUCUUAUUGAAAUUCAAUAAA